UUGAAAGAGCAGAGGAACCAGAGCCGGCGUAUUUCGGCCAGAGCCGGUUCAAGGUGGAAAGACCGUGUUGCGCGUUUGCUCUGUUUGGAUUCGGGCGGGCGCAGUAUCGGUGGCGGCGGCGGUGGCGGCGGCGGCGACGGCAGCAGGUGGAAACGCUUCUGAAGCGGAGCCGACGAAGGUGGAAGUGGCGAAGCGCAUCGAAAACUGGUUUGGAGCGGGAGCUCGGCGGCGCGGUGGCGUGGCGCGACGAAACGCGGCACGGCGCGGCGUGGCAUGGCAGUUGGCGAAGUGGGGAACGAUCCGUUUCGCGGCGGCCGGUGGGGGCAAGCUUGGCAGCGACAAGUGAUGGUUUACAGUUAUAGUCAGUCCGGAUCGGGCGUUCGGUCAGCCGAGACUACUUGUGCCAAGCGUUAAGCUCCACAAUCGAUUCCGAUUUGUCGAGCCGGUGUAUUAAACGCGACGUCGCUUAUACGCGCAUACACGCGCGAUCGCAUCGAAACGAGAGAGUUUGAGAGUGAAGUGUCGUCGUCGUCGUCGUCGUCGUCGUCACCGUCGUCGUCGUCAUCGUCAUAGUCUGUCCACCCCUGUCGACGUUUCUCUACUUUGACCACGCAACGAGCAUCGUUCUUAUCCAAGGAUCGUACGUUCAUUCUCGGCCUCGACGAUAUCGCUACAGUUGCACCGUGUGGCCGUGCAACUUUUUUUCAAACGAACGAGUUCAACCUGGAUCACCGAAACCCUCUGUGAAACUUGACGAAAUCGAAUCGAGCACAAUUAACGAUAGUGCCUUCCUCCGCUGGCAAUCGAAGGUAAUUUCAUCGGAUGCCGGAGAGAUCCAGCUGGGAAUCCCCGAAAGAAACUCGAAGCACGAGUUAUUGAUCAACUCUGGCCGCGAGCGACAGGCAGAAGAGAAGGAGAAGGAUUCGUUGGACGGAGGAACCUGAAUGACGGGAUAAAACUUGUGUCGGUCGAAGCGAGAAGGAAAAGUGUCGUGUGUUAAAACAAUUUGGAGCGAACAAGAAGCAAAGAGGAAAUAUUUUUUCGUGAAAGAAGAAAACGUAAUUAAAAAGAAACGGAAGAAUAAUCGAGAAUUUAUAUAAAGUGUCAAUUGGAAAGUGUCGAUUGUUCUGCGUGGAAAUAGGAAUAUAAUAGAAUUGAUAUAUUUAAGAAGAUUGGCAAACGGGAUAAUAAACGGAUUCUUCGACUUCGUCGAAGGAGAAAGCAUCGAUUUUCAUCGAAUUCGAGUGUCGUAGAGAACGAGAGCUGGUUUCUUCCAUGGACGCGCGUCGAAGAUAAUCGAACGCACCUCAGCCAGGACCGCCGACAUCCAAGGGGGUCCAAAGCGUAACUUUCCUCAGGAUAAUGCGAAGCCUGGAGAGGUUAUCGGGUAGCGAUCAAGACUGCGAUCAGGAGAUGUAUAUCGACCUAGACGACGCUUCCGUCGAUUCGCUUACCGGAAAACGAAGUCGCCACCAUGUCGUUGGCGCGGAGGUGGGUGAGGAGAGUGACAGUAGUGGCAGCGAGAGGAGCCCGAAACAAGCGAAAAGAAGAAAUCGCGGAGGACCACCGACGACGAGAAGACGAAAAAGUGGAAUUUCUGCGCGGGAAAGGAACCUGAGGAGGCUCGAGAGCAACGAGAGAGAAAGAAUGAGAAUGCAUUCCCUAAAUGACGCUUUCGAGCAACUACGCGAGGUGAUACCACACGUAAAAAUGGAAAGGAAACUCAGCAAAAUAGAGACGCUUACGUUGGCCAAGAAUUACAUAAUGGCCCUGACAAACGUCAUAUGCGAAAUGCGUGGCGAGGAGCAACCGUAUACAUUCGUCGAUGGCGAGUGUGGCUCUAGCAGCGGCGACAGCACAGGCCAAUUAGAAUUAAGUGGCGGUGAACAACCGGAAGAAGCAUCUCCAGCAUCGAUGCACGAAACUAACAACAAUAGCCUACUUCAUGAAGAUUUAGAGCGCAGGAUACCGUAGCUGGCCCAAUUGCGUGCGAAAGUGAUCGAUCCUCGUUGACAAAUCCCAGUUCGAUGAAGCUAAACUUCGUUUUAAGGCUGUCUUCUGGUAACGAACCGUGAAGAAAAAAAGAAUCGGCCAGGAAUUUUAAAGCUUCGUAAAUUCAAAGGAGUAAAAAAAAAAGAAAAGAGAAAUCGUAAAUAACGACAGUGACAAGAAAAGAAAAAAAGAAAAAGAAGAAAAGAAAAGAAGGCUUCAUCGAACCUAAGUAAAAGAGGAACGGGAAUGCUAAGAGAGAAUCAUCGUCGUCGAAACGGUCGUGUUAAAUAGCCACUCGAGAUUUAUCGAAGAAGAUGCAAUUCGGCUUUUACGAAAUGAUCCGUCCAAGGUCGACCUCUGGAGAUCUUUCGAAGGCCAACAAGGUGCGAGGAUGACAGAAAAAGAAAAAAAGACUGACUUCACGGCCAGUCCGGCUGCAGAAUUCUCUGCUUCUUCGUCUCUUUUUUUCUUUUCUCUUUGUCGCGAACUUUUUCUCCUCCUUUUUCCGGUGACAUCGGCCCGUUACCUUGAAACACCUCGAUCUUUCGACCACAAGCGACAUCGAUGCAAAGUGGCUGAGACUGUAUUGUCACGGAUCCGUACCAUCGUUGUGCCCAUUUUCAAUGUAUUAAUCACGUGCCAAAGGUAUCCGAACAGAAACGAGGAACGAGCAAACAUCGAGAUAGUUUAGUCGGUUCGAAACGAUCGAAAGAAAUGGAAAGGGAGCGAGCUUACUGCUCUCCUUGAGAUUCGCGAUUGUUUGAAGGAAGAUAAUUCGAGGGAAGAUUGGGAGAUUCGCACGAUGCUUGGCUGGAAUUUGAAGGAUUUCGAGGUCGACGCCGUAAGAUCGGAUCGCAUCGACGACGAUAAACGAUCAGAUUGCGACUCGAUGAAAAAUAAAAAGAUAUAAAGUGUGAGAAACUGUGAUAGAAUUUCGUAUUAGAACCUCGUUGCACACUGUGCUAAAUACUUUUUUGUUUCUUUGUGGUAAUCGUCUACGGGCUGCAAGUUGAAUAGAAACCGAUGGGGACGUUCGUCGGGCCGGAACGGGCCGGAACGAGCCGUCUCCGGAAGAGACGAUCGAAACAGGACGACACACGACAGCCGUUGACCGCUGCAGAGCAACAACGAACGAAAAAGAUGGAAGUGACCGCGGUAAAAAAAAAAUAUAUAUAUAUUCGGUUCGUUUAACGCGGUUUACGCAUCAAACGGAACGCGCCGCUUUGAAAGUUAGAAUAUUUCCUUUAAAACUCGCUGUUACUACUGCCAAAUGAUUUUGAUCGGAACGUAAUGACGUUUGAAAAUUCGAAAUGAGAAAUUUUAAGCGAUUCUCGUGUCAAUAACUAUGGAAGUGAGUAAAUUGUUAAUAGAAAUAAAGGUGACAAGAGGAAAAUGAUAUUAGCGGUAGUAACAGUAAGAGAAUUGUAACAAAAAUAAUAUAGGAAAAAGCAAGGGGCUCCGUUUAAUGUCUGAAUCGAGUAGAAAGAAAUGGGCGUAAGUAUAUCUGAAGACACGGAUUUCGAAAAAUAACGCGUACCUUAGACAUAUACAUAUUAUAUAUAUAUAUAUAUAUACAUAUAUAUAUUAAUAUAUACGUGUGUUGAUAUUAGCACGUUGGUGAUUAAUGCGAUGUAUAUUAAUCACGAAUGUGAUAAUAUAAUAAUUUACUGUAUUAUCUCGAGAACGGGGACCAGAGACAUCGACUUAAGUUACCAGAUCUCGCUGAAAGGCGAGAUACACACGCUUCGACUAGCUUCGUACGAUCGACUCCACGAAGUUUGCGCUUCUCUCUUCGGUAAAAGAGCGGGCGAUGCAUUUAAUCGAUAAUGUUCAUGGUCGAUGCACGAAACUAGUCGCGCACGAUUUUCAUCUUUCGCUUUAAACUCGAGGAUGUUUCCUUCUCUUUUUUUCUUUUAUUUUUUUUUUUUUUUUUGUACUUGUCUCCUUUUCUUACUUUUUUUUUUUACCGAUUCGAGCGUGAACAGUCGCUUCCUUUCGACGUUUUUCGUGCGAUUACUGUUCGAUUGCGCGUAAAGUGGUCGUCGUGCAUAACUGAAUUCUAUGCGUUGAAGUUAACGAAUAGGUUUCACGAUCAAGUGAAAGUAAAAUUAGCGAAGGUGAACGAAUUUAACGAGAAUCCGGAUGUUACGCGUACGUCUGAAAAUUGUGAUACUUGCCUUGCGCUGAAAUCAGCGUUUCUAUCGAAAAAAGAAAAGAGGAAUUAGAAAUUUAUAGAUAGUCCUCGUGACUCGUGCAGUCUGGAUUUUUCAAAACCGCUAGGAAGUUUCAAACGUGAGCUGCGUCUUCUCAUAAAAUGACUCGAACGUUUCGUCAGUAUUCCAAUUGACCUGAUCAGAGGUCCGAAUGUCAAAUUAAAACUGCAUCCUUGGACCUCUGACGAGGUUGAAUAUAAUUCGAGUGAAACGUUGACAUUACUCCGUAUAAAAGAAAAUCAAGCUACAUACAUAUGUCUAAGAAUUUGUGUCAGUUUUAACUACUUAAUAUAUAAAUUUGUGAUGUUUCGAAUGGCCUGAAUAUAUUAGAGACUUAUAGCAGUGUCGGAUAAAAAUUUCACUGUUUUUACCGUUAAAACUGUCGGAUCGUCUUCCUUUUAUUAAUGCUUGAUUCGAAAGUUUCGUAAAUAUUUCUUCCUUAACUUUCUACGAAACAUAGCUCUCCUAAUAAUGUGAAAGAAAAGAAAACGCGACUACUCUAAUUGUUACGAUAUAGUAUGUACUUCGAUCUAUAGAUCAUAUUACGAUGCCUAAAUCAUGCACAAAAGAACGUUAUAAAAGAGUGAUAUCGCUCUGUCGAAAUUUAAAUACAAACGAAUCUUAUAUUUGUGUGUGUGAAGCUUCCAGCUCUGUUUGACGUAAUAUACGAUUACUAUAUAAGAAAGUGAUAUGCAUGUUAAAUCCUUAGUAAUUAAUAGUGUCGCUACGAUUUUCAUUUAACAUAUUGACCGAGCACGGAACAUUCGAAAAGAGAAAAGCAAAAAUAGUUUCAAUAUUUCAUCGUAUCGUAUCACCACUUUUAUAUUGUUUCCUUGAUUUUCGUCAUUUUUAACUAUAAUAGAAAAAAUUACACGUUUCGAGAGCAUCGAUCAUAUCCGCUUACUAAUGGUUUUCAAGGAUAUACGUGAUUAAGUACCAUAAGAUACGAGUAAAUAUAAAAAAGAAGAAUGUAUAUAUAGGUACUUGAGUUAUGUUUCUAUGUAGUAUAUAUUAUGUAUAUGUACACACAUACGCAAAAUUAUCUAUAACAUAAUUAUAUAUAUAUAUAUAUAUAUGUUAUAUAUAAUUAUAUUAUAUAUAUAUAUAUGUAUGUAUGUAUGAAAAUAUAUUUUCUAAACGAAAGAGUUUUAUAAGUGACCAUAUUCUGCAUACGCAUUUGUAUGCAGUCGUGUGUAUACACGCACAGCGGUUGUGCGUUUGUACAUGUAUCGUCGAAAGAAAAAGAACGUAAGAAACAAUAUAUGCAUAUGUAGAUAUGUAUACAAAUGUAACGGAGUAUAUAUCGUGUACAUUGUAUUCGAUUCAAAAGUGCACAAUCACUUAUUUCUUGGUCUACCGAAUAAAAAGUUUUAUCGAAGAUCUAAUUUGAAAAAUGAAAGUAGUAAGACGGUAGAAAAUUUAAUAUUCUUUUUUAAUUCCUAUGGACUUAAAGAGUCGGUCUUUUAUCUCGUUUAAUAACUAUCUGCAUUUUUAUUGUAAUCAUAGUUAUCUGCAGAUAUCGGAUCUAAAGAGAAAAAAUUUAGUCGUAGUCGAAAGUCGUACUCUACUUUGUUCAUCUAUAACCGCAGUACUUACAAAACUACCAAAAAUCUAAAUUUCUCUUACUAUUAAACUCGAGCAGAAAGAAUCUCUACGAAUUCAAUUCUCAAAUCAAUGUGAACUAACUUGAUGUUUCAAACAGUUUAGAUCGUGCAUGGAUGUUGCCAUUAAAAUCGGGACUAUUAGAAUAGUACCUAAAGAUUAUUUAUCACUGUACGUAAUUAAUUUAGCAUAAAUCUUCACGCGACACUAACAUUAUACGAAUCAAUGAUUACAUAACAUUGUUCAGAAUUGAAAAAUUGUAUGAGAUUAAUGAAAAAUAUCGAUGGCAGCUAAUAAUCAGAAAAAUUGUUCGAUUUCAUCGUUACAUUUUCAUAUUGGAAAGUUGUUCCUCUUCGCGAGUAUGUUUGUUAUAUUUACGAUAUCUAAGAAAUAAUUGAAUGUGUACGACUAAUCCGGAUGUAAUGUACAAACACGCAAAGGCACGUACGUGCACGAAGAGUUUGCGCACACGUAUAUAAGCAUACGAUUAAAUAAUGGACAAGAACGUCGCGAGAAACGGAAAUAUAUUGUCUUACAAUGAUGAGUCUCAAAUGCGGGAACUUCCUUUCGUAUGUAAGAAACAGAAUUAAAUUAUCGCGAAUUGAUAUUUUUCGUUUAGGAUACGUAUGAAUGCUAACUCUUCUCUACUUCCUUUCUUUCUUGCGUUUUUGUUCGUUGAAAAAAUCCCAGAAGGAACCAAUAUAUAUGUAUAUCGUGCAAUCUUAAAACCGAAUUUAACGUUAACGAUAGAAAGUAUGAAGAAGUUCCACGCCAUAUUUUUCAUGGUUCUCUAAAUGUAAUUGUGCUCUUUCGAAGGAAUAUAACGAUCGAAGCUAACGGUGAUACACAUUUACCAUCCAUUACAGUUUCAUACUCACGAUCAGAAUUGCAUAAUUCAAGAGAAAAAAACAUAUUCCUAUGCCACAUAUUAGAUUAUAUUGCGCACCAUAUUAUUGUUAUCGCUAUGAUUACUCUACGAUUUGUAUUAUUAUUAUUAAUUAUUAUUAUUAUUAUUAAUAUAAUUAUUAAUAUUAUUAAUAUUUUAUUGCUGUAGUUUAAUGUCACGUUAGUACAAUUCUUGUCAUUUCGAGUCGAUCGGCGCACACACGCGAACUCUUUGUUUCAUGAUGAACAUGGAUCAUGAUAUUAUUUAUCGUUAACAAUGAAAGGAACUGAGUAAAAAUAGUAUUUGCAAUAGAAAGUAAUCACGCACAAAGUUUCCUGUGCUUCUCAUUCGAUAAUCGAUAUAUCGUAUUUUCUUGAAAAUUGAUCGUAACUGAACAUACGAAUCGACCGUCAUUUCUUCCUGUUUCUAUUCCGAAUGCUAUUUUGUUCGGGUCUGAUAACGAGUUACAGAAUUUUACUAGCGUACGUACAUAGACGAACGGGGGGAAAAUUUUGUGAAUACGGUAACAAAUAGAUGAUACGUUGAUCGAAUAUUACACGUAAAGCAUAAUAUACUUGUAUGUAGAUACUAAAGGAAUUUUUCGAAACAUAUUCUCCCUCGAUCGAACAACCACACUAUUCAUCUAACAUUUCAACACGCAUAAAAUACGCGCUCGUAUGUCUUGCGAUAUAAAACGGUAUGUAAACGAACUUUUAAGCGAAUCAGUCUCGUUCGUUAAUAUUACUAAGGUACUUAAUUUCUGAAAAUAACAGGGUGCAAUUUUCUACGGCAUGUAUUCAUCUUUUAAUGUUCUAAAUGGAACUUCCUUGAUUUUGUACACGAAGAAGAAAAGGAUUAUUUUAUAGUCAGACGAAAGAAACUUUGACGAAACUUGGAAAUAGCUAUGAAAAAGAGAAUUUGAAGUUUCUAGCGUCGAUUUUCUU